UUUAAAGACUCUUUGAACUCGGGAGAGACGAGAUGAACACCUUCCUCUUUGUUAGACAUCAGGAAGUGAUGCAUACACACGUAUGUUUAGUAAGUUGGAUUUCCCCGCAUCAGUCAGUGUGCAGCGAAGGAUUAAUGGGAUAGGCUACACGUAUAAUGGGAUACAUGUCAACUGAUCUGCCUGAGGUGCUUUGCUGAACAUUUAAACCUGAGUUCAGCACAGUUGUGCAUGAGCCAUUAUCCUCAAUCAUGUCAGAUUUGAAUGACAACAUAAAUUUCUUGAAAGAAUCUGUGUUAAAGAGACUCUGUGAGUCUCUUGAUAAGGCCAACAAUAAGGGAUGGCGAAAACUGGGGGAGAUUGUGAAAAGUGACAGCCGAUUCAAAGUGAGUCUCAAUGACAUGGACAUGUGUUCACUGAAGGCUUUGGAGGCGGAAGGUAGUCCCUCCCGCACUCUGCUCAAACUCAUUGGAGAUCAAGGAUGUAAGUUGGGUGAACUGGUUGAGUUUCUACAUACUAUGGGUCAUACGGAUGGGCUGCAGUUCCUUAAACCUCCAGGAAUUCAAAUCCUCAUCCAGCCGCAGUCAGUGGCUGUCAUUGCCGGACAUAACCUCCGUCUCAGCUGUUGUGCUGUUGGUGCUUCGAAUGUGCAGUUUCAGUGGUUUAAGAAAACAGAAGAGGUACAUAACAGCUCUUCCCCAGACCUGGUGUUCAGCCCAGUCCAGGUCAAAGAUGCAGGGUUUUACAUCUGUAGAGUGAACUGUGGAAACACAUGUGAGUUCAGUCAGUGGGCCCAAGUAGACGUCCUUGAUGUUCCACCAAGAUAUGGACUAGUGUCUUUGGCAUCAGAGGGCAGACCGAGGGUCCUGAUCCAGCCUCAGCCUCAAAGGCUGCUGGUGGGUGAUAUACUCUAUCUGGAGUGUGGAGCAAUUGGCAGACCCCUACCACAAUAUCAAUGGUACAGAAAUGGGGUGCCAAUCAUAAAAGCCAACAAGAGGAAGUACACUGUCAAGAAUUUGUUGCCAGAGCACCAGGGAAGAUAUCGCUGCGAGAUCUGCUGCACUAAUGAACGAACGUGGAGCAAUGAAGUCGAUGUUGUUGUUACUGAAAAUCCUUGCCAUUCUGAAAUGAAAGAUCCAAGAAUAUCUCUACAAAUUUCAGGAGCAAUGGAGUGCUCUGAAGAUGACUUUCUGACUAUUGAGAAAGAUUACAAUCUUGAGAAACCUUAUGCUACAGACAAAGUGGCCCUUCUGAUCGGUAACCUCACAUAUCGAAACCACCCACAGCUGAAGGCGCCCAUGGUGGAUGUGUACGACCUCACUAAUCUGCUGCGGCAGCUCAACUUUAAAGUGGUGUCUCUGCUGGAUCUGACCGAGUCAGAGAUGCGGAACGCCGUGGAGGAAUUCCUGUCUCUGCUUCAUAAGGGAGUUUAUGGUUUGUUGUAUUAUGCUGGACACGGUUAUGAGAACUUUGGGAACAGCUUCAUGGUGCCCGUGGAUGCCCCAAAUCCAUACCGCUCAGGCAACUGUCUCUGUGUUCAGAGCAUUCUGAAACUGAUGCAGGAGAAGGAGACUGGACUCAAUGUCUUCCUCCUGGAUAUGUGCAGGAAAAGAAAUGUACAUGACGACGCCAUGCCAAAUGUCAUGCUCAAAGUUACAGCCAAUAUUGUGUUUGGAUAUGCAACUUGCCAAGAUGCUGAGGCUUUUGAAUUGAGUUCAAGUGGGUUCACCAAUGGAGUCUUUAUCAAAUUCCUGAAAGAGCGCCUCCUAGAGGAUGAGAAGAUAACUGUUCUGCUGGACAGUGUGGCUGAAGAUAUGGGUCAGUUUGACCCCACAAAGGGUAAGCAGGCUCUCGAGAUCCGCAGCAGCCUGUCUGAGAGACGAUCCCUCACCGAUCCCAUCCGCCCCGGGGACUACUCCCAUCCAGCUGAGGCACACAACCUGCUCUGGUCUAAAGCGCAUGAACUGCCGGAGAGUAAAAUUCUGGACUUUGACUGUGGAGUUCAGAUAAAAAUGGACUUUGCUGCUGAGUUUUCCAAUGUGCUGGUCAUCUACACCAGCAUUGUGAAAAAGUCAGAGGAGAUGCUGUCAUGCCAGGCGCACAUAACUAACCUUCCUCUGGACCUGGAUGUAGACCCUAAGCUGAUGAAUAAGGAAACUCUGGAAGAAACGGGAAGCUUCUUGCUUUCAGGCAGUCUUCCUCAGCACUGCCUCUACACCAGACUCAGCUCAGUGCAGAAACUCAAGGAGGAACUAGCUUUCACUGUGUGCCUUCAAGUCCAGUUUAACUGCCUAGAUGACCUGGUCCAGUGGAACAUGGACGUCAACAUCGGCAAGCCCCUCACCGCCAAACUGGAUCUCAACCGCCCCACCAGGAAGAACAGCUGCCAGCUGACGUGUCCCAUGCCGCACAGUCCCUCGACCAGCCCCAGCCACAGUCCCGCGUCUGACCGUCGCUUCACCCAGCAGUACGCCAACCCCUACCUCAACGUCUGCGAGCCUCUCCACGGAGCUGUGGGGGGUUACGGGGACUUUCGAUUGCACGGUGACCAUACACAUGAAUACGAGAACAUGCCAUGCUCACCCUUCCUGAACCCACUGAGCAUUCCCAUUGAGACCACUGAUGACAUUGAUGACAUGCAGAAUGAGUUCAUGAAUAGUUUGCAACUCUAUAACAAUCCUUGAUUGAGUACAGAUGAAGAUUCAGAUGAACACAAACGAAAAUGUUUAGAAUAAUAAUCCAACUCUUUGAGUUCAUAAUGCAAGUGGAUGGGACCCUCAAAGCGGAUGCUUCAAAAAUCACAGAAAACAAACACAAUGGUAACCCUUAU